AUGAGUUAUUCGAAUUCUUCAACUGGUUCUGGUAGUCGAGUAGCUAAGAGGACUCUAGAAUUCGGGAGGACUUAUGUAGUGAAGCCAAAGGCUAAGCACCAAGCUACAAUUGUUUGGUUACAUGGCAUUGGUGAUACUGGCUCAAGCUGUUCCCAAAUGUUGGAAACUCUUCCUCUUCCAAAUAUUAAGUGGAUAUGUCCAACUGCCCCUACACGUCCCGUGGCUAUGUUUUGCGGGUUCCCAUGCAAUGCAUGGUUUGAUGUAAGUGAAUUCGACGACCCAGAUGACCUCGAAGGUUUGGAUGGCUCAGCAGCACACAUUGCAAACCUAUUGUCAGCAGAACCAGCUGAUGUUAAACUUGGAAUUGGAGGGUUUAACAUGGGGGCAGCAACUGCUCUCUAUUCAGCAAGUUGCUAUUCACAUGGAAGAUUUGGAAAUGGGUCUCCAUAUCCAAUCAAUUUGAAAGCUAUUGUUGGCCUAAGUGGCUGGUUUCCUUCUUCAGGGAUCUUGAGGAACAAGAUACAUGCAUCCAAUGAAGCAGCGAGACGUGCUGCGGCUUUGCCAAUCCUACUUUGCCAUGGAAAAUGUGAUGAUGUAGUCCCGUCUAAAUAUGGAAACAAGUCGGCUCAAACCUUGAGCCAGGCUGGAUUUCCAUGUGUUACACUGAAAAUCUACGAUGGGCUUGGUCACUACAUAGUCCCUAAAGAGAUGGAGGAUGUCUGCAAUUGGCUCAAGGCAAUAAUGGGGUUCUGA